AUGAAGAACGGAGUCGUGGAAAAAGCCAGGCAAUACGCGCAGCUGGUUCCUUGGAAACAGAUCGCACGUAAAGCCGUGGGUGUCUUCCCAAAUGACAGCUUGCAAUACAUAUGGAUACUCUCUCACUUUGUCACGUUUUUGGGGGCAGUGAUGCACUUUUUCAGGUUCAUCACCCCUGAAUCAUGGAUUUUUGUCCAGAUCCCGUGGUACAACUUGUCGUUGACCGGUUCGAUUGUCACUUACUCGUUGGUGGUGUACAGAAGACACAUUUUGGACCCAGACCUGUUGGUGAGCUCCCCCACCGACUCGAUCAAGGCCCACCAGAUGGAUUAUCAAACCGUCCCGCUGACAGAGAUCCUCAAGUCCGAGAACACCCAUUUGUUGGUGUACUCGUGUCUGUGGCUCACAACCCCAACAAACAUGCUCAAGAUCCUUCCUUUUGCCGCGUACUCGCUGCUCAACCUCACCAACUACUGCAUCAUCGAGGCGUUCCCUAAGCACCCGCUAUCUCUGGCGAUCACCCCGCUGGUCAGCUACAUCGAGUACCCGCUGCUUCUAUUUGCGGCCCACGUCGAUUUGGCGGUGAUCGGGCUGCUGUGCAAAGAGGCCAAGAACCUUGGUUCUCUCUACGUUUUGAUCUUCUACAUCUUUGUGUGGGGGCUAAGAGUCGAGUCCUCGGAUGCCAGCCGUCUGGCGGUGGCCAACCUGCUCAAGUUCCUCGAUAAGGUGUUCAACGAGGACGUUCUGCCGGGAUCUGUGUACAACCUGUGGGUUUUGGCCAGAAACAAGUUCACGCUCAUACUUUCCAUCACCGACUACGACUCGAUCGCCGUAGCCGGACACGUGAAAGACCCUGUCGGUUACAAAAAGGAGAGAACCCCCGUCAAGGAAAAGACCCGCCGCAGAAAGAAGAAGAUCCACAGCGCCAGCUCUUGA